UUCCGAGAUGGUGCAAUCUACAGGGAAGUUCGUACCCCUCCUCAGUUCUCACCCGCCUCAAGUGGAAGUGCCCGUCCGAAUAAUCUACCGUGUGCCCACAGCGUGCUCCCCUCCACCACCAUGGCGCCAAGCAUCCAUCCUUCUCCUCCCUCUCUAUUUCUACCACCUCGUCUCGUUUCCCUCCCCCUGCACCACUCUUCCUCUCUGUUUCCUCUCUCUCACUCUCUAGCCACAAAAACUACUUAACAAUCCGUACCUAACCAGAGAGCUAACAGUAGGGCAGCAGCAACGGCAAGCCAGGGAGGAGGUGCCUCCAUCUUCUUGCUGUUCUCCGGCCGUUGAUCGAUCAACCGCUGCUGCUGCUGCUGCUGCUGCCAGAGAAAGGAAGUGCUCUUCGGUGCGCCCGUGAUCUGUGUGCUUGCUAUUAUUGCCUAUUUGGAGGAGGGGGGAUUGUGGCUCAAAUUCUUGGGAUUUAGUUCAAAUUUGAACUAAAUUCUGAAACUUCGCAGAACAAUCUUCGUCUUCCAAACAGGCCCUAACAGUGUUCUUCGCCAUCCUGCUCCGGUUCCUGGGCUAGUAGCCAAGACGGCUCCACUCCGGCUUGCUCUCCCCCGGUCACUCUGGCCUUCCCCGUGGCACAGGCACAACCGCUUCGCGCCUUGAGCGAGGAGCAUGCGCGGUUGCCGUCCUCGAUCGUGGUCGUCAUCGCGAUCACCGUGUCGCUGCUGCGAAGAGCGUCGCCCGUAGACAACGGCUAAGGGCUGCACGGGCUCCGUCCAGCUGCUAAUUUCGUCACUGAACGGUGGAACAGGUGGUAAUUUCGAGGGUGGAAAGAUCUCAUGGCCAAGAUGAGCUGCUUGCCCACUCUGCUCGCCGGCAGGAAGAAAAAGCAUAGCAACGUCGCCGACGCCAAGAAGGUCGGCUGCAACGACUGUCCCAAGGUGAAGCCGGUCGAGUUCAUCGACGCGCCGGUUGCCGCCGGCGUCGGUGAAUGCUGGGACAAGAUCGCACCUUGCGACGUCAAGGUCGCCGCCGCUGCCGCCGAUACGGUCCUCGUGGCGGCGCGCAAAGGAGGUGACGGAUUGGGGGACAAGGCGUCGGUGGAGGGGGGCGAUCUGUCAGGUUUCAACUUCGAGUUCCACGCAGGCAAGAAGUCCGUCGGAUCGGACGGCGACUGCGCACAGAAGAGCGACAACGGUGCGGCCACGGAAACGGCGAUGGUCGCUGGAGACACAGCGGACGCGUCGACGAAGCUGAAGAGGUCGUGCUCCAACAUCGAGACCGAGCGGCCUGGCUCGCGUGACGCGCCGGAGAUGCCGGCGCGAUCAAGCUCCUACGGCGAUCUGAGGGACCUGCACGGCGGCCUCGCCCUGGAGACCACAACCCCGCGCGGUGCGCCGGAGGCUAGCCCGGCGUCGGUCAAGACGUCGCGCACCGCCGACCGUGUCAUGCUCAAUAAGCGGUCGUCUAGCCAGGUGCUGCCCUCGCGCAGCCGGAAGCUGUGGUGGCGGCUCUUCCUCUGGAGCCACCGCAACCUGCACCGGCCGGAGUCGGCGCGCCCGGCCACCGCGUGCUUGCCCGGCCGGCACGGCGGGUACACCUCGGACACGCUCGAGGAGGGUCCCGCCGCCGCGGCUGACCGCAAGAACAAAAAGGUGAUGGUGGACGACUCGCCACCGCCGGCCGUCCAGAACCAGUGGGUCGCCUUCUCCGCCGAAAACUCCUUCCUCGACCGCGUCAGCGCGUGGGUCAGCAGCAUUGAGAACGAGCCGUUCCGCAUCACAGAGGACGAUGAAGACAACAAUGACAUCGACGAAGUUGAAGGCGAGGAGAAGGAGAACGCCGAGUGCGCGGUGCGCCCGCGCCCGCUGGAGCUGGGGGAGUCGUCUUCAGGGAAAGGCCAUGGCAAGUCCAAGCGUUGCGCGGCGGCCGACGAGGUCGUCCAGGCCAGCUGCAUCAUACAGUCCCUCAACGCCUUCUCAUCGGUGGCACACAUAUCCGGGAUGGGCCUGAAGGUCGUGCCGAUGAUCGCGCCGUUCUCCAGCCUCCGGGCGGUCAACCUCUCAGGCAAUUUUAUCGUUCAUAUCUCCCCGGGAUCGCUGCCAAAGGGCCUGCACUCGCUCGAUCUGUCGAGGAACAAAAUUGCAGCCAUUGAGGGGCUCAGGGAGCUGACGAAGCUGCGCGUGCUCAACCUCAGGUACAACCGGAUUUCACGCAUCGGGCACGGGCUGUCGAACUGCACGGCGAUCCGGGAGCUGUACCUCGCCGGCAACAAGAUCAGCGACGUGGAGGGUCUUCACCGGCUGCUGAAGCUGGCGGUGCUGGAUCUGGGCUUCAACAAGAUCACCACGUCCAAGGCGCUGGGCCAGCUGGUGGCCAACUACCAGUCCCUCCUGGCGCUCAACCUCGUGGGCAACCCGGUCCAGGCCAACGUCGGCGAUGACGCGCUGCGCAGGGCCGUCACGGGGCUUCUCCCCAGCCUGGCGUACCUCAACAAGCAGCCCGUCAAGCCGCAGCGCAGCGCGCGGGAGGUGGCCACGGACAGCGUCGCGCGCGCCGCGCUCGGCGGCGGAGGCUCCGGCCGCCGCCGGAGCCAGCGCAGGCGGGCGUCGAGGCGGCUGGCACAUAGCCCCAGCUCGUCGUCGUUGGUGAGGGGCGGCGGCGGCGGCUUGGACGGGAGCCUCAGGAGCAGGUCCAAGGGGAGGCACCAUGGCUCAUGCUCGACAACGAGGUGAAAUUGAUUGGAGGGAAACGCCAUGCAUUCGAGCGUUUGAUUUGAGCCCGCCGUGAUGGGAGGCAAUUGCGAUGCGAGAAUUAAAGUUAAUUUCAAAAACUUAUAAUUAUUUUGAUAUAUAUUGUAAAAAAUUAUAGCUUUUAGUGUUAAUUUUAAAAAUCUAUAACUAUUUUGACACAUGUUAAAAAAAUUAUAAAUUUUUUAUCGUUGGUCCACCUAUCAUCCUCUGUGGUAUGUAAUCGUGAAUCUACCUAUUGUCAGAGGAUGACAGGAGGACUUAUGAUGAAAAAAUUAUAAUUUUUUAUAACAUAUGUCAAAAUAGUUAUAGGUUUUGAAAAUUCACGUGAAGAAUUAUGUACACACUUGUUAGAGAGAGAUUUUACUUAGAUUGCUGCGAGGCCUCAUGAUAGAUCAAGCUUAAGCUGGACGAAUCAUUUGUAGCUGUGAUUAAAGUGGGGCAAUUUAAGAUUGAUUGAUGGUGCCAAG